GGGCGCGAGCAGCUGCAGGCGGAGGCCAGCGAGCGCUUCGCCGCGGGCUACAUCCAGUGCAUGCACGAAGUGCACACGUUCGUGUCCACGUGCCAGGCCAUCGACGCCACCGUCGCCGCCGAGCUCCUGAACCACUUGCUGGAGUCCAUGCCGUUGCGCGAGGGCAGCAGCUUCCGGGAUCUGCUGGGGGACGCUCUGGCCGGGCCCCCGGGAGCCCCUAGGAGAAGCGGCUGGCUCACGGGAAGGGCCCUGGGGUCCCCGCUACCCAGCCCCCUAGCCCCCGCGGACGACCUGUGCUCCGACCUGGAAGAGGCGCCCGAAGCUGAACUGAGCCGCGCACCUGCGGAGGGGCCAGACUUGGUGCCCACGGCCCCCGGCAGCCUGACCUCUGCCCCAGGAGCCCAGAGCAUCUGGAGGCCUUGGUGACCAAGGCCAGCCCGCUCUGCGCAGGUGGGCCCAGCCCCCCCAUGUCUAGCUCCUCCCUGGGUUCCAGGCGUGGUGGGCAGGGUCUGCUGUCUCCCAGGUCUGCGCCUCCCUCGAGUAGUGGAUGCCUGUAGGGAGGUCCCGGAGGACCAGCCCAGUCAGGCCCCGAGCCCUUUCCUUAAGAGUAACUUUUACAGACCCCACAGUCGUCCUCCCCUUUGCCCGCUGUGGGUGGAAGGAGGGAGCUACCAACCAGGCUCGGCGCCUUGGCCUGCCCCAGCCCUCUCUGGCGCUGUGCAGAUCUGGGCACAGAGGUGACGGGAGUGGUGCUGAGCCUCUCCUCAGGGCAGGGCCCUAGUGUUGGGGCAGAGGGAGACCCCAGGCCCUGACCUGAGCAGAAGCCAGGACAGGGAAGGCAGGUGCCGAAUUGCCCACAGCUGCCGGAGAGAAGCAAGGCUUUCUGUAUGACUUGCCUUUAGCACACUUUUCAGUGUUAGGUUGCUAUCGAAUGUUCCAAUUCUACUAAAUAAAGGAUUUUGGAGAGUUAGUUACCCUUCUGAAGUAUUACCGAA